GUCGCAACCUUUAUUUUGGAAAAAUAUCGAGGAAGUAGCCGAUAACAUGUUGUUUCCGGAACAAAAACAAACGAAAUAGAGAUAUGUUCGAAGCAUACCGCCUAUCUAUGGUGUGACGUCUCACGGCAUUAACUGAACACUGCAUUGCAAAUGAGCUAGUAGGACUAUAACAUAAGUGUUUAACAUAUAAAUAGUACCAAGCCAAGGAAGGGCAUGUCCAAUAGCGUCGUAUUUCAUGCUCAGUUAGCCUCCAUCAUUGAGGUUUUGACGAAUGCAGCCGUUGCCGAAAUCUGCAAACUUGUAGAUGAUGGCCAUGCUGCCUUACGUUUGGAAAUUUCACAUAGUCAGAAAGAAAUUGAUAACCUGCGGAGGAAGCUGCUUUUAACAAAAUUCCAGAAUUCUCGACGGAGCGCAGAGAGAUUUGGAGCCCUGCGACGCACAGUUCACAGGCGAGUGGACACCGAUCAUGUUGCCCGGGAGAGAGAGAGCUUCGUAGAAAAGUCAAAAAGCAGACUUGGAUAUUUGGAAAAUCGUGUUGCCUACAGUGAAGGGGGCAAAUGUAUGCAGGAUGUCACCAACCGAAGAGACGCAGGACUCACAGCGACAGACCAGGAUGGGGCCAUGCAGAUGGCAGAUAUACAAGAGGCACCAAUUAUCAAAAUGGAAAAUAUUGACACCAGCAUAACUGAAGAGAUUGUCCAACUGGUCAGUGAGAGCAGUGAGACGGUUGUGCCAGAACCAGGUUCUUCAUCAUCUACUGAAACCACAGACCCUCUGGAACAGCAGGGCAACAGACACAGAGUUCCAGACACUUCACUCAAUAUAGAACCUGAAAACCAGACGUUCCAGCAUCCAGCAUCACAAUACAACAGAGCAACACAGGACCAUCAGGUUGCUGAGUGUGUGACCUGGGAAACUGACCAUCAACCCAUAGCAUACAGCCUGUCUCAAUGGACAGAGAACCAAGAGACUGACAACCCAACUGUGAAUGCUCCUCACAAUGCCGGGCCAGACUCCAAGAGGUUGUCUGGACAUCCAGAGAGGAGAGGGGCUCCUGGUAACUCUGGGGUCUACAUGUCAGCUUUGGGCUCUCUGGACUGGGUGUCUGAUGUGGUGAUGGUGGACUCAGUUCCCAUUAAAGUGGAGGCAGAUAUGAGUUCAGAAUGGAGCAUAACUGGCCAAGAGGUGACACCUGGAGAGGUCUGUUCAGACAGCAGGCAGCUUGUGGACAACAGAGGAAGAGGGGGAAUGGAGUCUGGACAGACAAAGUGUCCCUCUGACACUCAACAUGCAGAGCAAGGGAGAACUGUAGGACCAAGGUCCAAGAUGUCAGAUUUCAGUGGACUGCCCAACCGAAACAGAUUUUCAUCCUCAAGGGUCACUCUCUACCAGGUUCCCCAAAGAGGGAAGCAAGCCCCUUUCCCGAAUUUCAACAGAGACUCCACUUCUUCAUCAAAAGGCAUAGAAAAGCAGCCGCAACAGCUAACGUCUUGCUCCACCAAGAGGCAGCUCCGGUGUAGCCUCUGCGGAAAGCCCUUCCCUCAGCCGGCAUACCUAAGGAGGCACAUGCGGGUCCAUACGGGGGAGAAACCGUACGGCUGCAGCCACUGCACCAAGCGCUUCUCCCACAGCCACCAGCUGAAGAUGCAUGAGAGGGUGCACACCGGAGAGAAACCGUUUCAUUGCAUCUACUGCGGGAAGUCCUUCACCCAGUCUGGCCACAUGAAGAGGCAUCUCCUCGUCCACACUGGUGGCAGGCCACAGGACAUGGUGCUGCCCUGAGUGUUCCAGGGUGAAGUUUCUCCUACGUACAGAUCUAGAAUCAGCUUCCUCUUCCCCAAUCCUAACCUUAACCAUUAGUGAAAAAAAUAUACUAAACUGACCGAAGAUCAGCUUUCUAGGUGUAACUUCACACUACUCCACCUGGCAUAAUGAUAAGUAGAGCCAGGAGUUUAUCCUCACCAUGUGAUCAGACCAGGAAAAAACUCCUCUCUAGUUGUAAGUGGAAUGGCUCCACACUACUGGAGUUUUCAUAUGAACACUGGGUCCAUGUGUUUUUAACAGUUUGGAUGGUUUCCACAUUGAACACUACCCUCUGUGUGUAGUGGUUGUGUUUUCAGUUAAACUGGCUUGAUGCUUUGUCCAGAGUGGACUGAUAAUCUAUGACUUAUGACAGGUGAAGAUUUAAAAAAUCAUUGGUGCAGUACAGUAAUUUAUUUGAAUUGUAUUUAUUAUUUAUUUGACCAGGUGAGUUGACUGAGAAUACAUUGUGAUUUACAGCAACGUCCUGGGGUAAACUACAAAACAUAGGCCUAGUUAAAAAGCCAUAGUUAACACACAGAAAUAUAAGCAAGCAAAGAAAAAAAUACAAUAAAGAUCGAUCUCAUAAGAA